GUGAGAUCCCGCCCCGAGGAACAAGGAAGGAGGCGCGGGCCGGGGAUUAGGAGGCGGAGGCGGACUCGGAGCCGCGGAACCAGGGUCCGGGCUGGAGCCGGAGUCGUGAGCGCGCGCCUGGCCCGCUCUGGGAGGACCGCGAGAUGCCCGUGCUGAAGCAGCUGGGCCCCGCGCAGCCCAAGAAGCGGCCGGAUCGCGGCGCCCUGUCCAUCUCCGCGCCGCUCGGCGACUUCCGGCACACGCUGCACGUGGGGCGCGGCGGCGACGCCUUCGGGGACACCUCGUUCCUGAGCCGCCACGGCGGCGGGCCGCCCCCCGAGCCACGAGCGCCCCCUGCGGGAGCCCCGCGCUCCCCGCCGCCGCCCGCCGUCCCGCAGCCCGCCGCGCCUGCCUUCCGCACGCCCGCGCCGGCCGACCCUCUGCUGUCCUUCCACCUGGAUCUGGGGCCCUCCAUGCUGGACGCAGUGCUAGGCGUCAUGGACGCAGAGCGCCCGGACGCGGCUGCCACCAAGCCCGACGCGGAACCCCGCUCCGGGACUCAGCCCGCCAAGGCCCGCUGCCGCCCCAACGCGGACCGGGAGCUGGACGACGUCAUCGGCCUCUAGGCUCCCCCCUUCCCCUCCCUUCCCGCGCUGCACCCCACUUCUGUAUACAUAAACGGCCAACUGUGUGCCCGG